CCACCACGCUUGACUUUGAGAAUAAAUAGCUUCGUGCUACCAAACUCCUCUACAAAUAACAUUGCAACGAAGCAACUACCUUGUACUAAACAAAACACCAAUCAUCAAAGUCGUUGGUCAGAUGGAACCAGAAACGGUGGUGUUUAAGUGGGAGGGCAAACAAGCCGCUCAAGUCAACGGCGUCACGGCGGAGCAAGCCUGGUUGGUCGUUUCAGAUUUCUGCAACGUCCACAAGUGGUUCCCAACUGUUGAUACGUGUAGCCGAGUCGAAGGAACCGAUGGUCAGACGGGUCUGGUCCGAUACUGCGCCUCCACCGCAACCAAGGAAGACGAGGAAACUAAAUGGGCUAAGGAACGUUUGGUCGAGAUUGAUCCAAUCGGACGGUGUUUGAGCUAUGAGGUCCUCGAGAAUAACGUGGGGUUCAGAACUUACGUGGCUACGGUCAAAGUAAUGAAAGUGGACGGUGCAGAUGAAUCGGACGGUGGAAAAGUCUGUCGAAUCGAGUGGUCGUUUGUGUCCGAUCCUGUUGAUGGUUGGAAGAAGGAAGACCUUGAAUCCUACGUGGGUUUCUGUCUUAAGCAUAUGGCUAAUAAAAUGGAAAUGAAUCUGUAAAACCUUUCUAUGUAAUUUUUCAUGAAUAAAAAUAUAUCAAAGCUCAUUGUUUAUUUACCGUGAGAAAAAUUUAGUUGGUGGUUUUAAGGUGAAAUAAAGAUACUUCGACUUAGGAGUAAUCUAACAAGUAAUUUCUUCGUUACAUUUUUCUAUUACACUUGACAGCCUGUUCCAUUACAUUUAGCUUAAUUUUUACGUUCGUAACGGCUGGUUUUCAAACAUAUCCCUAAAGAAUAGUAACCACACAAAAAAAGUAUAUUCCUUUCUUUUCUUAAAAAAAUAAUCUACACCUUUUUCACUGUUUCUAUUAAAAUAGAUUUUAUUCCUUUUUCAUUAACUAGUAAUAAAGAGUUGUAAAACUUUAAAAUAUUAAUUGAUAAGAGGAAAUUAGCAUUGGUUAGUUGUGGGAUUGUUUAGUAUAAAAUGAUUUAUUUUUUUGCACUUUGUAUUUAUAUAACUAAAAUAUUAAAUUUUUAAUAUAUGUGGAUUUUUUUUUAAAAAAUCUACUACUCCAUUGCGUAUUAACCACACAAUGACAAAGUAAUAGGUACGGAGUAGUAAAUUAAGAACAAAACUUGGGUUCACCCCCUGUGGUGAACUCUUUAAUUCACCUCAUUUCUUUAGACCAAUCAAAUUGCCAUGUAGGAUUAAUGAAAUAAAAUAUUAAAAUCCUUUUAAAAAAGGAAAAUAGCUAAAGAAAAAAAAAGAAAAACGCCUAUCUAUUAAGGCCGUCGGCUUCUUCUUAACGAAGGAAUGGAAGAAUGUGAUCUCCAUCUGCAAGUUCGUCCUCAUCGCCCACGGAUAUAAGAAGCUUUGUUUGUCAAGUUUGUCAAGUUCGUCCUCAUCGCCGUCACCAUGAAGGCCGAUCGUGAACGCACGAGCUAGCUGUUGUUUAUGAAUGUGUUGUAUUCUUACGAGACUUUAGAGAAGUGAAAUCAAUGCAAUGCAUACAACUACAAAUGCGAGCUCUUGAAUCUGCUGUUGUUUACGCUAAUGUUCCUUUGAUAUGCAUUCAUUGACUAAGCAAUAUUGUCCUGCUUUGAAGUUGUUCUCAAAGCAUUUGAAAGUUAAGGAACAUGUAGUGUUGUAUUCUUAUGAGGCUUUAGAAUCUGCUGAUAGAUUUUAAUAUAACUGCAACGUGAUCUUCCAUUUUUGAUUCUUGCA